GGGAAAGCAGUACUUUGACGACUGCGCACAAACACGAGGAAAUCUCCUGUUAAUACAUACUCGAGCGAAGAUGGCGGCUGUGGUGGAGAAUGUAGUCAAAGUCCUUGGGGAGCAGUACUAUAAGGAUGCCAUGGAGCAGUGCCAUAACUACAAUGCCCGUCUCUGUGCGGAAAGAAGCGUCCACAUGCCCUUCUUGGACUCCCAGACUGGAGUGGCCCAAAGCAACUGCUACAUCUGGAUGGAGAAACGACACAGGAGUCCAGGGACUGCUCCAGGGCAGCUGUACACCUAUCCCGCUCGCCGCUGGAGGAAGAAGCGACGGGCACAUCCUCCUGAGGACCCCCGCCUUGCCUUCCCUCCCCUCAAAUCAGAGGUGGAGCUGGCUCUGAAGAAGGACGUCCUCCCCCCUGCGGACGGCAGCAGCCUGGAGGCCCUGCUGAAGGCGGAGCCCCAGGAGAAGCGCGGCACCCCGGAGCUGCGGGGCCCGGAGGAGGAGCCCAGCGUGCCGGAGAUCACCGGGAGCACCCACAACUCCUCCACCCGCCUGAGGAAGAGAAUCCUGGAGCCUGAUGACUUCCUGGACGACCUGGACGAUGAAGACUAUGAGGAGGACACCCCGAAGAGACGAGGCAAAGGGAAGGGGAAGGGUCGUGGGGUGAGCAGCAGCCGGAAGAAGAUGGACGCUGCAGCCGCUGCUCUGGAGGACCGCGACAAGCCUUACGCCUGCGACAUCUGCGGGAAGCGCUACAAGAACCGCCCGGGCCUCAGCUACCAUUACGCGCACUCCCACCUGGCCGAGGAGGAGGGCGAGGACAAGGAGGACCUGGAGGUGCACACCCCCAUCCCACACCACCCAGAGGAGCACAAGACUCCCAAGAAAGGACCAGAUGGCCUGGCACUUCCCAAUAAUUACUGUGACUUCUGUCUGGGUGACUCAAAAAUCAACCACAAGACGGGCCAGUCGGAGGGGCUGGUGUCCUGCUCCGACUGCGGCCGCUCAGGUCACCCGUCCUGCCUGCAGUUCACUCCGGUCAUGAUGGCGGCGGUGAAGACUUACCGCUGGCAGUGCAUCGAGUGCAAGUGCUGUAACAUCUGCGGCACCUCUGAGAAUGACGACCAGCUGUUGUUUUGUGAUGACUGUGAUCGAGGAUACCACAUGUACUGCCUCAGCCCUCCCAUGUCUGAGCCUCCUGAAGGAAGCUGGAGUUGUCACUUGUGUUUGGAUCUGUUGAAAGACAAGGCCUCGAUAUACCAGAACCAGAACGCACCUCCAUCCUGAUGAGCUACCCCCCCCCCCCCCCUCUCCCGCUCCCAUCCGUCAAGUCCCCGAGACCGCUCCCCUUCAGACCUUCGGUAGGAGUCACGCAGGGGGGGCCGCCCCUGACAGAAGCCACUUUUUCCCCACCCUGGAGUAACGCACGCACAAUGGAGCCCCCCCCCCCCCCCCCCAAAACCCAACAGCCUUCUCAAAGCUUCUCCACCUCCCCCUCCCCACAAACCCUUCUGGGUUCCUGCUUACUGUGACUCUGUGUUCCUCAGAAAGUUGCGGCAUACUUGUUCUGUCAAUAUUGGGUUUUUGUAAGUGGCACAUUAUAUUAUGUUGGCAUAUGUCUGUUUUGUGGACAUAAACAUGAAGACAUGAAGGUCCCCCGGAUGGUACCUUAACGCGCAGUAUUCAUCCUCGCAUACGCUGUUAGCGGGGUAUAGCAGAGUUAUGCAGUUUCCGUGGUGGUCUGAACAGAGCGGACUUCCGUGGCCGUGACAAGCCGUCCAGUGUGCACAGCGUGUUGAGAAGAACCGUACAACAGCCACAUCUCAUUUCCAUCCAACUCUCGUUUUAAUCAUCGAUAAAGGCCGCUGUCUCUCAGAGUUUUAAGGCGUCCGUUGUAUGUAGAAGGCGGUUAUAGUCGGAGUCAAUGGGCAUGCCAGUGCUUGUUUGUUGAGAAAGCCGUAAAUGUUUUGUAUAUUUAUAUAUUUGUAAGGAUAUAUAGGUGUGAAUAGUUCUAAAAAAAGAAAAAAAGUGAAAUGAUAGAAAGCUUGUCAGUUGAUGGUCUUGUCCAGGGUUGUCUUUAGCAGGAAAAGUUCAAUCUUAAUGGUGCUCGUGGAACAGGUGAAAUGGUACUGGUCAGUUCAGUCCCAGUCACUGCUGCUGUUCUGUCAAGACAGUGCUGGUAUUUUUAAUGAGUCAUAUCAACAGGUCAGAAUUGAGAACUUAAUGAAUGGAACGGGUGUUCCUGUACUAAGUUGGCAGAGCGCAUUCGUAAGUGGAAUAAACGUGAGCUGUUUUUCCAACAGGACAGGUCUGAGCGCACCAAUACAGGGGUACAGAAACGGUGUUCCCUCUCAGUCCUACCCUUGCCUUCCACUCACAGAAUUACUGUUUUUCUGCGCUGUUUUUGAAGUUAGUUCGGUUCCCUUUUAUCUGAUCCACUUCCCGGCUCACAGAACUCUGAUUUUUAGAUGGGGGCUUUUCUCCCUGACACUGAUCUUAAGACCCAGCUGGAGCAGUGACUGGGUUCUGAGCACACACUGUUUACACCUCCAUCUGCUGCUCUGGCCCAGGCAGUGCUGCCCUAAACAAGUGUGUUCUGCUGCGCUAAACAAGUGUGUUCUGCUGCCCUGGGCGAGUGUGUUCUGCUCCCCUGAGUGUGUGUGUUCUGCUCCCCUGAGGGAGUGUGUUCUGCUCCCCUGAGCGUGUGUGUUCUGCUCCCCUGAGCGAGUGUGUUCUGCUCCCCUGAGUGUGUGUGUUCUGCUCCCCUGAGUGUGUGUGUUCUGCUCCCCUGAGUGUGUGUGUUCUGCUCCCCUGAGGGAGUGUGUUCUGCUCCCCUGAGCGUGUGUGUUCUGCUCCCCUGAGCGUGUGUGUUCUGCUCCCCUGAGUGUGUGUGUUCUGCUCCCCUGAGUGUGUGUGUUCUGCUCCCCUGAGUGUGUGUGUUCUGCUGCCCCUGAGUGUGUGUGUUCUGCUGCCCCUGAGGGAGUGUGUUCUGCUCCCCUGAGCGAGUGUGUUCUGCUGCCCUGAGCGAGUGUGUUCUGCUGCCCCUGGCGAGUGUGUUCUGCUGCCCCGGGCGAGUGUGUUCUGCUGCCCCGGGCGAGUGUGUUCUGCUGCCCCGGGCGAGUGUGUUCUGCUGCCCCGGGCGAGUGUGUUCUGCUCUCUUUCCCUGCCACAAGAGGCAGGUUGUCUAAAUCUAGGAUUAAUACAUUUCACACAUUUCGGGAACGCUAUAAAUGUUUUUGUCACAGGUUUUGACCAUAUCUUUCAGAGUGAAUUUAAAUAUCACGCAAAAUGCAAAUUUUAUUAGUUUAUAACUAGCAACCAGAAUUGAUAUUUAAUGUGACCGUUAAUGUGGUUCUUUCCUGGGGGGAGAGAAAUCUGAUUUAAACCUAUUGAUUUGACCAAACCAGGUUAGCUUCCUUCCUUCCCCAGUCGAGCGAGUGCUUGCAGUUUAUCGAUGCCGGGAGCAGCUGCUGUGUACCUGACCUGGGUCAAAUACAUAAUCUUUUUAGAUUAAAAUACUUUUCCACGCUGAACUGAGCUUGCCUGGUGUAUUGGAACCUAUGAAAUACUCUCAAAAAAAACACAGCCACCCUUCCUUCUGUUCCCCUUGAUUGGCUCAAUUGCAUCAGGCAAGAUCAAGCCGAGUACAGAAAAUUAUUUGAAUGAAAAAAAACAAUUAUGUAUUCGACCCAAGUCUGCCGUGUACAUCCAGGGCUGCGUUUGAGAAGCACAGGUAACGUUUGAGAUUCAGAGUGACCGAGGCGUGCCACCUCCACUGCACAGCCAGGAGAGGGCGCAGUUGGUCUAUGAUCGGCCUCCUUCAUUGGUCUGAACUUGCAGGAGGAUUCUGGAUGACGAGUCAUGCCGUUGUCUCUCCUGCCGACACCUCCAUCUCGAUACUGUGACGUUCUGAUUUUCAGGACCGUGGAACUUCACAACUGAGAGGUUUUUCGGUGAUGGCACAGUUGUUGGCUCAGAUAAUAUUUUCAGUGACGGGAAUAAAUCUAUAGGUAGAGAAUAGAGAUCUAAUGCAGCUGCACAAAUGGCAAAGUCCUUCCUCGGUGCGUCGAGGGAUUUAAUACUUUUUAUAGUGACAUGCGUCUGUUAUUGGACUCUUUAUAGCUGGAUGCUUUGUAAACUUUUUUUAACUGUCAUGAAUAGUAUUUACCAUUGUUAUAUAUAGUGUUAUUCUUACCAAUUUAAAAUGCCAAUAUUUACAGAGGGACAUAAUAUUACGAUGUAGACGCACAACUGAGAAUCGCAAAAAAAACCAUAGUAGCUUAAAAAAAAAAGAAAAAAAAGGAAAAAAAAGUUCCCAUGGGUGAAGAUUCUCACUUAAUAUUGGUUAUAUUCCCUAACUUUGUCUAGUGCUGUUGACUUGUCUUAAAGCCACGAUGUACCUCAUGUUUAUUAACAGUAUUUAAAAUGAAGAAAAAAAAAACAGUGCAUCAGGCAAAAUGGCUGGCAAUCUGCAGUUUCACGACCACAAAUACUCUGUAAUUAGGUGUUUACAAUCAACUGCAUGUGAACCACACACUGUUUUUCAUUUACUCUCAAUUUGUCUAUUGUGGGGAUGUUAAAGAUUGAGAAUAUUUGUAAUAUCGUUUAGUUAAUCAUGUUUUAUCCAUGUCCAGCUAAUCAUGUAUACUAUAAUGAAACUUCAGCAUACAUUUUUACAUUAUAGAAACAUGCUGAUUGUUUUCACACAUUUCACACACGCGUAUGUUUUAUAGGUUUUACUCAUUUUGAAUACCUGUAUUUGUGUUACCAUAUCCUGUCUGUUUAUGGUACGUGUACAGUUUUGUCCUUUUUUAAAGUUAAUUAAACUUUGGCACUGAUUACA